AUGGUACUGCCACAAUCCCGACCCACCGACUCCUUCUCUGCGGAAGUCGAGCAAGGGAAGGACACUGUUCUCACUUCCCGCGCUCCAAACACACACCUUUGCGACGCAUCAAGCCAGAGGGCGACGCCCAACGUCAUCAAGACGUUCAGUCUCUACAACCGCAAGCCUGCCCCGUUUGAUUCCAGCAAGGACAAGAAGCGUCGGUUUUACGGCCCACGCUUGAACUUGGCGGAGGUCGUAGUGAACAGCACGGCCAAGACCACCACCUCUACGCCCACUUCCAGCUCGACGCCAGAAAGAUCUUCGCACACUUGCAACACGCCAACUCCAGAGGACCUAGAAUCUAUCUCCUCCCCCACACCCGACGGUCACAAUAAGACCGACACUAUCACCACGGCCAAUAGCACGACAAUUGAAGGAGCGGCCGUCAACAUCACCUCUAUAAUAACCGCCCCACUCGUAGCCACGCCGCCUAGACUUCCAGCUCCAAACUCACCCGCACCCUCGAUGCAACGCACACCAAGCCGUUUCUUCAACCGUCCUCCCACCAGCGCUAGCACCAGCACCGACACAGACCCAGACACCCACGCCAACGCCCACACCAACACCAACACCAUGGCCACACCACCACGCUCAUCAGCCCCCAAACCCCCAGCCCUAGACCUUUCCCUCUCCUCCAUGCUCCUCGACAUCAACGCCAACAGAGGAGAAAACCGCGCAGCACUAUCCCCCCUCCUCCCGACGGCGUCCUCCUCGCCCAGCUCCGCGGCAUUGGUCCCCUCCCCCCUCCACGUCACCCGCCAUGGCCACGUACGCCGACGCCACGCAGCGGUGAUGGGCCCGUCGUUCUCGCCGUUACUGCUGUCGCCGCUGCCGCCGACGAGCCCGCCAUCGAGCCCGCCACCCCUCCCUACGGCAGCGCGUCGUCAUCAAAGCAGCAGCAGUAGCAGCGCCAACACCCACACCCCCGCUGGCUCGACUACCCCGGGCUGGAUGAUGAUGAAGAUGAUGAGCGAUAGUAUGACGAUGACCACGACGACGAACAGCAACAGCGUCAGCAGCGCCGCGUUCACGACGUCGACGACGACAACCAUGACGCCAAUGACAUCGCCCGUACUCUCACCCUACGUAACAAGCUCUUUUGGGCGCAACAGCAGCAGCGGCGGCGGCGGCGGCGACGAAUCCUCGGCGUCGUGGAGGCAGCAGCAGCAGCAAUCCGUGACGACGACAACGACAAAGACGCCCCGCCGUCUGCUUUUCCCUCCGCGGGACGGGGCGCGGCGGGUGGCGGCGGUGGUGGAGGGCGUGGUGGUGGUGGGGGGAUCUGCGUCUGCGUCUGCUCCUGCCGCUUCUCCUCCCAUCACUUCUCCCGUCGACACCACUUCUUCCGCCUCGGACGCUUUCUUCUUCUCGGCGGCGGCGGCGUCGUCGUCGUCGUCGUCGUCGCCGCUGCUGCUGGGGGACAACGGCGGACAUGGACGUCGUGGUGGUGAUGGUGGAAAGUCACGCGCGCCACCGAGGAAUGGCACGGUGGACCGGCGGCGGCAGCAGAACACCGGCGGCAAGAAGGGGGAGGAGAAGAAGAAGAAAACCAACCGCGGGGCCGAUGACGACGACGACGACGACGACGGGAAGGACAGCCGCAGCGGCGGCACCAGCUAUGCCGAGCAGAUCGAACGGCUGGAGCGCGAAGUCCUGGCGCUGCUGUUCCCCGUACGGACCGCACCGCCGCCUUCAUCUCCACCUCCCGCGCUCGAUCCGAGCCUACGAGACGAAGACAAAAACGAAAACGAACCCGAAGCCCUGAUGUACGCCCUCAUGCGCGAAGCGGAAGAAGAAGGCGAAGACGACGACGACCACGACGACGACGACUACGACGACGACGGCUCCGACCGCCACCGGAGGCAUCUUCGGGGAGGACGGGAUGAACCGCCGAUGCAGGAGGGAUGCCAGGAGAAGGAGAAGGAGACGGCGCGCCCGUUUCGCCGGCGCAACAUCGUGCGCCAGUGCUCCGGCCCGCCGCCGGCCAUGAGCCUCCCGGAGCUUCCGCCGUCGCUGCUGCUGCAGCUGCCGCGUCGGUCCGCGGGUCUGCGCGGUUAG